UAUACGCUUGCAUCAUUUCACCACAAGCUCUGAAUCUCUAUGCGUGUAACUGUGGUGUGCGGUGCAGAAAGUUUUUUUUCCCAUCCGGUGUGUGUGUGCCCCACACGGUCAUACUGUGCGCGCGCUUUAUCAUCAUCAUCAUCGCCCUGUGUGUGUAGCUGUGUGUGGAUCAAAGACGUGUCUCUGCUGGAAACAAAACAGUUUCACAACAAUCUGAAUAUUCCUGAAAUCUAGGAAGGAAUUAUGAUGUUGUGAAAGGGAAUCUUGGGGGAAGAUCUGAGCAGCCAGUGAGUUUUUGUUGGUGAGGACAGAAUCUCACAAAGGACGGACAAGCUUAGGAUAUAGUGAAGCUACCAUUUGAAAGUUUCAAGGCCUCCAAGGAAGAGCCAAUCACAACGUGAUUUCGUACGUCGCGACGAUAGUCGAGAACUUUUCUUAGAACCAGCCAGGCCCACUCCCAAAAUGGCAGUUGUGUCACGUAAUCAACACCGAUUAACAGGUUUCUCCAGUCAUCGAGGAAGAGAACUAUUGGCCACCACAUUGUGCCUCUUGAUGAUUCUAAACCUGGCUGAAUGUUCAAAUGGGAUAACUGCAGCUGUACCUGAUGAUGACACUUCUGCAGCAAACACAACAGCAGCAACUUCUUCAAUGGAAACAACUGCAGCUGGAACGGAUAAUGCCACUUCUGCAGCAAACACAACAGCAGCAACUUCUUCAAUGGAAACAACUGCAGCUGGAACGGAUAAUGCCACUUCUGCAGCAAACACAACAGCAGCAACUUCUUCAAUGGAAACAACUGAAGCUGUAACGGAUAAUGCCACUUCUGCAGCAAACACAACAACGGCACCUUCUUCAAUGGAAACAACUGCAGCUGGAACGGAUAAUGCCACUUCUGCAGCAAACACAACAACGGCACCUUCUUCAAUGGAAACAACUGCAGCUGGAACGGAUAAUGCCACUUCUGAAGUAACUGUAACUGAUGAUGUCACUACUGCAGCAAUCACAAUAGCAGCACCUGUAACUGAUGAUGUCACUACUGCAGCAAUCACAACAGCAGCACCUGUAACUGAUGAUGUCACUACUGCAGCAAUCACAACAGCAGCACCUGUACCUGAUGAUGUCACUACUACAGCAAUCACAAUAGCAGCACCUGUAACUGAUGAUGUCACUACUGCAGCAAUCACAACAGCAGCACCUGUAACUGAUGAUGUCACUACUGCAGCAAUCACAACAGCAGCACCUGUAACUGAUAAUGCCACUUCUGCAUUAAUCACACCAGCAGCACCUGUAACUGAUGAUGUAACUACUGCAGCAAUCACAAUAGCAGCACCUGUAACUGAUGAUGUCACUACUGCAGCAAUCACAACAGCAGCACCUGUAACUGAUGAUGUCACUACUGCAGCAAUCACAACAGCAGCACCUGUACCUGAUGAUGUCACUACUACAGCAAUCACAAUUGCAGCAACGUCAAUGGAAACAACCGUAGCAGCUGUAACUGAUGAAGCAGCAACUACUGCUGAUGGUUGGACAACAAUGAUUAGAACGACGCUAGCACCUCCAAUGGAAACAACUGCAGCUGUAACUGAUGAUGCCACUUCUGCAGCAAACACAACAACAUCAGCUUCAAUGGAAACAAUUGAAGCUGGAACGGAUAAUGCCACUUCUGCAGCAAACACAACAACAUUACCUUCUUCAAUGGAAACAACUGCAGCUGUAACUGAUAAUGCCACUUCUGCAGCAAACACAACAGCAGCAACUUCAAUGGAAACAACUGCAGCUGUAACUGAUGAUGCCACUUCUGCAGCAAACACAACAACAGCAGCUUCAAUGGAAACAACUGCAGCUGUAACUGAUGAUGCCACUUCUGCAGCAAACACAACAGCAGCACCUUCUUCAACAGAAACAACUGCAGCUGUAACUGAUGAUGCCACUUCUGCAGCAAACACAACAACAGCAGCUUCAAUGGAAACAACUGCAGCUGUAACUGAUGAUGCCACUUCUGCAGCAAACACAACAACAGCAGCUUCAAUGGAAACAACUGCAGCUGAAACCGAUGAUGCCACUUCUGCAGCAAACACAACAGCAGCACCUUCUUCAACAGAAACAACUGCAGCUGUAACUGAUGAUGCCACUUCUGCAGCAAACACAACAACAGCAGCUUCAAUGGAAACAACUGCAGCUGUAACUGAUGAUGCCACUUCUGCAGCAAACACAACAACAGCAGCUUCAAUGGAAACAACUGCAGCUGAAACCGAUGAUGCCACUUCUGCAGCAAACACAACCACAUCAACUCCAAUAGAAACAACUGCAGCUGUAGCUGAUGAUGCCACUUCUGCAGCAAACACAACAACAGCAACUUCAAUGGAAACAACUGAAGCUGUACUGGAUAAUGCCACUUCUGCAGCAAACACAACAGCAGCACCUUUAAUGGAAACAACUGCAGCUGUAACUGAUGAUGCCACUUCUGCAGCAAACACAACAACAGCAGCUUCAAUGGAAACAACUGCAGCUGUAACUGAUGAUGCCACUUCUGCAGCAAACACAACAGCAGCACCUUCUUCAACAGAAACAACUGCAGCUGUUACUGAUAAUGCCACUUCUGCAGCAAACACAACAACAGCAACUUUAAUGGAAGAAACUACAGCUGUAACUGAUGAUGCCACUUCCACAGCAAACACAACAACAGCAACUUCAAUGGAAACAACUGCAGCUGUAACUGAUGAUGCCACUUCUGCUGCAAACACAACAACAGCAACUUCAAUGGAAACAACUGCAGAUGUAACCGAUGAUGACACUUCUGCAGCAAACAAAACAACAGCAACUUCAAUGGAAACAACUGCAGCUGUAACUGAUGAUGCCACUUCUGCAGCAAACACAACAACAGCAACUUCAAUGGAAACAACUGCAGCUGUAACUGAUGAUGCCACUUCUGCAGCAAACACAACAGCAGCACCUUCUUCAACAGAAACAACUGCAGCUGUUACUGAUAAUGCCACUUCUGCAGCAAACACAACAACAGCUUCUUCAAUGGAAACAACUGCAGCUGUAACCCAUGAUGCCACUUCUGCAGCAAACACAACAACAGCAACUUUAAUGGAAGAAACUACAGCUGUAACUGAUGAUGCCACUUCUACAGUAAACACAACAACAGCAACUUCAAUGGAAACAACUGCAGCUGUAACUGAUGAUGCCACUUCUGCUGCAAACACAACAACAGCAACUUCAAUGGAAACAACUGCAGGUGUAACCGAUGAUGACACUUCUGCAGCAAACACAACAACAGCAACUUCAAUGGAAACAACUGCAGCUGUAACUGAUGAUGCCACUUCUGCUGCAAACACAGCAACGGCAACUUCAAUGGAAACAACUGCAGCUGUAACCGAUGAUGCCACUUCUGCUGCAAACACAGCAACGGCAACUUCAAUGGAAACAACUGCAGCUGUAACCGAUGAUGCCACUUCUGCAGCAAACACAACAACAGCAACUUCAAUGGAAACAACUGCAGCUGUAACUGAUGAUGCCACUUCUGCAGCAAACACAACAACAGCAGCUUCAAUGGAAACAACUGCAGCUGGAACUGAUGAUGCCACUACUGCAGCAAUCACAACAGCAGCACCGUCUUCAACAGAAACAACUGCAGCUGUAACUGAUAAUGCCACUUCUGCAUUAAUCACAACAGCAGCACCUGUAACUGAUGAUUUCACUACUGCAGCAAUCACAACAGCUGCACCUGUAACCGAUGAUGUCACUACUGCAGCAAUCACAACAGCAGCACCUGUAACUGAUGGUGUCCCUACUGCAGCAAUCACAACAGCAGCACCUGUAACUGAUGAUGUCACUACUACAGCAAUCACAAUUGCAGCAACGUCAAUGGAAACAACCGUAGCAGCUGUAACUGAUGAAGCAGCAACUACUGCUGAUGAAUGGACAACAAUGAUUAGAACGACGCUAGCACCUCUAGAAACAACAGUUCUGAAGAUCAUGACAGCACCGCCAUCCCAGCCAUCUGCAAAAGAUGUUUUAUCUUUGUCAGAGAAUGAGACAAAGGGAGCAGUCACAAUGAAGUUUGAAUCAAUAUCAGUGAAGGAGUGGAAUGACAGAUUCGACAUCCCGUUUCGUAGAAAGCUUGCAAUGGUUCUAAACAAAAGCAAUAGGCGGAAGAAGCGAAAUGAUGAGGAGGGUUUUACUGCUGAAGACGUUGUCUAUGUUGCUCCUUCACCCAUAAAGAAGGACGGAGAACUUCUUGUUGCUGUCUUCGUUAGAAGCAGCGGCCCUCAUACUGGUACAGAUGGGAUCAUCAUUAGCAAGAAGAGAGUUAGGUCAGCGAUAGAGUCUGAAGACAUGAUGGAAGUAAUAAAAGAUAAGUUUAUUAUUGUUGCUGGUGUUGACGAUUUACUGCCUUCCAAACCUGAUCGUUCUUCAGGAGUUAGUCUCUUUGGAAGCCAGGCUUUGUUCAUCGUUCUCAUUGUCAUUGGCUGCCUCAGUAUCGUCGUCAUCAUAACCGGCUUUAUCUACCUCGUCUGCGAUCGGAAGCGCUCGCGCCGUGGAGAGUACAUCACCAACGCCACCUCCAUCAACUCAGAUCUAGAGAUGGCGUUUGACAAUCCAGCGAUGACCCAUUCGGACAAAGGCAACUUGAACGGGAAGGGCGCCCAGUUGCUAAGCAUGAGAACAGACGACGACGGGGACAUCGUGCCGAUCAACAGCUUCACCGAAGUGGAUCUGAUGAACUGCGAGGUCGAGGAUACUCAUCUCUAAAAAUGAGAGAUUCUGGGCUCGGAAAAAGGUUCAGGUUUGUACGCUGUUUUUGUAAUCAUUGAAUCGCGGUGACCUGGUCUAACUGAGGUCAUGCCCUGAAGAUGACCUAUGACCUGCUACUGACAGGUCGUCCCCAAGGUGACCUUGUGUGUCAUGUAAGCAUGUUGGUCUCUUAAACAAGACUGUAUUCUACAUGUACAGUGUACAGUAUGACUUUGAAAUGUGUAAUUUUGAAAGAGCGACCUUGCACAUGUCUAUUUUGCAAUGUUCUGCACUGAACAUAAGGAGGACUUCUGUACUAUAAUAUAAUAUAUGUACAUAAACAUGCCAGGGUUUGCCCUUGCCUUUUUUAGUGACUGGUUAGCUUGUCAUUGGUCUGGUUCGUUGGCUUUGUCAAUCUUUCAAAUGAAUCAGGGAUGCUUUUCAACUCUGCACUCAAGCAGGACAACCUGUAGAGAGUUCUGACUGGUCGUGAUGUGUUUGAACUGCCAUUUGGCAAUCCGGCCAAUGCUAAGGAAGAACGCUGCAUACUGUCACUGCUUUAGCCUACAAACAACUUAACAUCUGCAUAAGUUUUACGCAGUGGCCUUAUGAACAAAGAAUUGACUAGAGUGGGAUUCGAACCAAAGACCUCCGGAUUAACGUGCCGGCGCUCUACCAACUGAG